AUGAUUGUGCUCGUGUUGAUCUGUCAGGCGCUCGUCUACAAGGAGGUCACUGCUCUCUUUGACCUUCGUGACCACGGUAUCACUCCCGAGGGCGGCAACGUCAAGGACCCCUGGAGCAAGACGCUCAACUGGUACGUCACGACUCGUUCUCCACUAACUCGUAGGUAUUUCUUCGUUGUCACCAACUACUUUCUCUAUGGCGAGUCGAUCAUCUACUACUUUAAGCACAUUGUGUUUGUCGAUGCCUACUUUAUUCCCUUUGCCAAGAACCACCGCUUCAUCAGCUUUAUGCUGUAUGUGCUCGGUUUCGUCGGCUUCGUGGCCAACCUCAAGCGCCAGUAUCUCCGCCAGCAGUUUGCUCUCUUCUGCUGGGUCCACAUCACCCUCCUUCUCGUCGUGGUCUCCAGGUAA